GACGCCGCGCGGCAGUCAGGCAUCGGCCGCGAACGCGUGUGUCGACUCGCGCAUAGGACAAUACAAAAAUCGAAUACUUACGGAUAGUGUGUUCUGUGCAUUACAAUUACUUCUUUCUUUUUAUUUUUUUUUAAAGGCCUAAUAGACAACGAAUCUAUAGUUUUACAGCCUAAUGAUAUACACAACGGAAAGUAUAAAUAUAUUUUUAUUUCACCGCACUCUGUCAAGGACGCGUAAUUAGGAAAUUUUUAUGGUCGAUUAAAGUGCGUUUUUAUAUUGAUAAGAUAAUAAAUAAUAAGGAACGUCACCCGUAGUGGCGGAUUCGUGCCCAGUGGUCAAUUGAUUUUAUAGAUUCUUUGUGGUCAAGUGAAGUUUUUAUUAAAUUGUGUGCCAGUUUGGAUUUUCAUGUGCGAAGCUCAACCCAAAAACAAUGCAGUCCAACCACAGACAAACUAACAGGCACUAAAAUAGGGAGACGCGCCACAAACAUGACAACACACACGCGGAAGAGGUCGACCCGGUGACUAGCUUUCGUGUCGUAACAAGAGAUGGCGCUGCUCACCAACUCGUCGGCGAGCGGUCCCACAGCCACGCCAUCUGCGCCUCAGGCCCACCACUCCACGACGCCGUUGCAUCACUACUUCCACUACCUGAAGCAGCCCUCACCGUUAGCCCAGAACCCGUACGCGCAUCACUCGAGCGCCCAUCACAUGGGCAUGGGCCCUGGGCCGCUCGGUGGGCUCGGACCUUUCGGGUUGACCCACCACGGGCUAGAGGCUGUCGGUUUCCCCCAAGAUUACAUGUAUGAAGGCGUGAACCCUCGCAAGCAGCGUCGCGAGCGAACCACGUUCACGCGCGCGCAGCUCGACGUGCUGGAGUCGCUCUUCGGCAAGACGCGCUACCCUGACAUCUUCAUGCGCGAGGAGGUGGCGCUCAAGAUCAACCUGCCAGAGUCCAGAGUGCAGGUCUGGUUCAAAAACCGGCGGGCGAAGUGCCGACAACAACUCCAGCAACAGACCAACACGCAGAUCUCCAGCAAGACAUCAUCCAGCUCCAAAUCCAUCUCCUCCACCAACUCGAUCAAGAGCAACUCGUCCAAAAUAACCACAUCCAAAGCGUCCUCCAACACCAACAACACACCAAGCAUAACAACAUCAUCCCCUAACCUUCCAACCCCUACGACCUCCGUGAGUCCACCAAUCAAUGUUAUAUGUAAAAAAGAAUCAGCACCCUCCUAUGACGCUUCUCCUUUGAACAAGAACCUAUCCACCCACCACUAUUCAAACGAUGCAUUAAGAAUUACAAACAAAGAAUCAUCUCCAUCGGAUAAUCUAUCUAACGUACACAAUUAUGGAGUGACUCCUAAACAAGAGCUUUACAAUAGCCCAAAAAGGUUAGACUAUUCCAGCAAAGUGGACUACACAGAGAAGUCCUUUGGCAGCAACCUUGUGAAAGACCAGUACAGCUCUCGUUUGACGGGUAACCUGACCCCGUUGGGGUCUAACUCGUCCAUAAUGACUACCCCGUCACCUCCCAUAACUCCGCAGAGUCUGAAUGGUCCGGGGAACGUCUACCACCCGGAUAGCUACAACAGUUUCCACUGGCCUGGCAGCUCGGACUACAUCCGGAGUUACUCGAGCUCGCACCAUCACCAAGGAUAUGGGCAGAGUGCCUACAAUUCUCCGUACUAUCCUAGUCAGAUGGAGUACUUCAACGGCUCGUCGGUCAACCAGUCCCACAGCGGUCAUCACACUCACAACCUAACCGCCAAUGGCAACCAGUUGUACAACCAGGUGUCUUUCGGCAACCCGUCGCCGCCGGCGGCUUGGCCGUCCCACCACAACAUCCUAUCAUCAGGCCCGGAGUCCCCGGAGAACCAGUCCCAGAACUCCCCACAUCUAAGUAUGUUGCAAGCCUCGCAAAUCACGAACUUUUCUAACACAGGCAACAGUUACUUUGCCCCCGAAAAAUACGGUAUAAAUAUGGUGUAGUGUCUCUAGUCUUUUCCAAUAGGUUAUUGUAAAUAUUCAACUAUUAAUUAAUAUUUAAUUUAAGGGUGGGUGUGUAAGAUUAAACCGUUUGUUCAAAGUUCUUUGCUUUUGCUCUUGUUUCAACAAAAAAAAAUUGUCUAUGAUCUUUUAUUUAUAAUAAAAAUACGUCGCAUUAACGGUCGCAUUCAAGUUUGGUUUGAACACUUUCUAUUACAUUUCGGUUUUGCUACUUCGAUGAAGUGUUCCAUUAGAUUUGAAUGCGCCCGAAAAUGCGAGUUAAGUACAUAUCAAAUUUAGUUUUAUUUAACCAAACGCGUUUUACAAAGCAAAUUGCCUUUGGACAAAUGGUUUAAGCUAUAAUUUUUUAAGGGAGAAAGUUAGGUCUUCUUGUAAUUAAAUUUUUUGGGCAAAAUCUAAACUCAUUCUAUGGUCCAAAGUUUUCAACAUCAUGGCAACACCAAACAAUUUAAUUUCCUCAAAUAAUUAAUGCCUGUUUUAAUUUAUAUCACCUUAUUAAUCAAACAAGAAUGAUAUUAAUUUUUGCCCAAUUUUUGAUUUACAAUUUGGUACUCAAUUAAGACUUUAAUUUAUAAAGCUGCUUAUUAAAUGAAUAUAACGACUGUCAACGAAAUGGAAUAAACUCGCGGUGGCCUAAUUAAUGAUGGCUUAAAGUUGCCAUGUGAAAAAAAACUAUGCAAUUUUAAGGUUUUUUGCUUGUACAUUCCCUUGAGUCAUAUCACUUUAUAUUUAAAGAAAAUAAUUUUAGAAUAUGACGACGCUCGGAGGAUGUGCGUAAAUUUUAUUAUCAUUAUUGUAAAUAAAAAAAUAUAUGUGUAAGAGUUUUUAUUUUUUAAAUAAAUUUGUAAAUGUGCGUGCUACUAUUGUAUAUGUGAAAGAAAUUGUUUAGAUGGUAUUAUAAGUGUUAUUUUAUUAGCGAAUCAUAAUUACGUAUUCUUUUGGGCUCUAUGGUUUUUUUUAAUUAUCUGAAUUUAAUUUCUAUUAUUUGUUCCCAGUGUUGCCACUGUUCAAUUAAAAUAAGUAGUUAAUUAUGAGAUUGAGCUCAUUAUGUAAUACGUAACUAUGAUAUAAACCCCGAUUUUUCCUGGAAAGUCCUUUGCACAGUGAUUGUAAAAAAAUAAAUGAAAUCAAAUCAUUACCUAGUGCAAAUAACAGUGUACAGUUAUUGUAUAAAUAAUUUAUAAUAGAUUAAAUUUAUAAUUAAUUUGGGAGCAGAUGAUUUAUGCGCACUGAAGUCGCAUUCUUCUUUGGUAAGUAUGCGGUUUAUGUUUAAAUAUUUUCGACAAACUGGAUUUCUGGACGAAACAUGAAAUAAUUUAAUGAAAUUGAAAAAGAGAGAUUACUAGAUUUAAAUAGAGAAAUAUUUUAAAAAUUGACAGUUGAUCAUUAAAAAGUUUUUACGCAGUUGUAAAAUUAUGUCUUAACCUUUUAACUGGUAACACAGUUUUUUUUUUAUUUUAAUGAGUUAUUAUUAUAACUGCGUAUAACUUUUAAAUAUUAUUUAAAUGAAUGAAUUAUUGUUUUAUUAAUUUAAACAUAAUGAAGUAAUGAGUUCUAUAUUUUUUGUUUUUUAUCAAAAAAAUUGUAGAUGGAAAUGUAUUGAAAAUUUGUAAGUUAUAGAAUAUGCUUGAACAUAGCUAAGGUAGCGUAAGUACGGUGGUUACCGUUUUUCGGCGAAGAGUCAGUGUAUUUUUUUUUAAUCUUAAGUUGUACUAAUUAUUAUUAAAUCAUAGCAAUUGAAAUAUUGAAUCCGAAUAUAUGCAUAUAAAAUACAAA